AUGAGCGCGCCCGAGGUGGAGCCGCUCGUGUGCCGCAAAUACGAGAUUAAGAGGCGCCUGGGCAAGGGGGCCUAUGGCAUCGUCUGGAAAGCAAUUGACCGCAAGACAGGAGAUACAGUUGCUGUUAAAAAGAUUUUUGAUGCUUUCAGGAACAGAACAGAUGCUCAGAGAACAUUUCGAGAGAUCAUGUUCCUGCAGGAAUUUGGGGAACAUCCAAAUAUCAUCAAGCUGCUCGAUGUUAUCCAAGCAGAGAAUGACAAGGACAUCUACCUCAUCUUCGAGUCCAUGGAGACAGAUUUACAUGCUGUAAUUAAGAAGGGGAAUUUGCUGAAAGACAUCCACAAGUGUUACAUUCUUUACCAACUCCUGAAGGCAACUAAAUUCAUCCACUCGGGGAAUGUUAUUCACAGGGAUCAGAAGCCUUCCAAUGUCCUGCUGGAUGCACAGUGCUGUGUGAAGCUGUGUGACUUUGGCCUGGCCCGUUCCCUGUGCCAGCUGGGCAAGGAGCAGCCCAGCCCUGCACUCACCGAGUACGUGGCCACGCGCUGGUACCGAGCGCCCGAGAUCCUGCUGGCCUCUCGCAAUUACACUAAGGGUGUAGACAUGUGGAGCAUUGGCUGUAUUCUUGGAGAGAUGCUGCUUGGAAAGCCCCUUUUUCCUGGAACAUCAACAAUGAAUCAAAUAGAGCAGAUCCUAAGGGUCAUCCCUGCUCCAUCCCCAGAAGAUAUUUUGGCUCUGCAGUCAGAGUACAAGGCCUCAGUUAUUAACCACAUGAGUUCCCGGCAGCGAGUAGCAUUUGAAGAGAUUUUCCCAUCCUCUACUCCGCUGCCUGCCUUGGAUCUGCUGAAGAAACUUCUGGUAUUUAACCCUGACAAACGCCUCACAGCAGAGGAGGCUCUGCAGCAUCCUUAUGUGAGCAGAUUCCACUGUCCUUCCAGGGAACCUUCUUUGGAUUUUGAUGUGAUCCUUCCUUUGGGUGAUGAUGUCCAGCUGUCUGUGGCAGAAUAUAGAAAUAAAUUAUAUGAGAUGAUCCUUGAAAAGAAAUCAAAGGGCCUUCCAAAGGAGCAAGUGCAGAGAGAAAACAUUCAGCUGAGCCAGUCUGAAUCCAACACACUUCUCCCAGGUUUCAGCUCAGUGACUGUACCCACCAAGAAGGGCCAGCAAGAACCAACACGCCCUCUUCUAAACCCUUCACAUGUGCACACUGGAGCCACAGGUGGGGUCCAGCCAGCAGAAUCCAGCCAGAACAAGGAUUUGGCCAGAACUAUGUGUCAGAGAUCACAGAUUAGUGUAAUGAUAUACAACCCCAUCACACACACUACUGUGCAGAGAAAUGCAAAUCCUGGUGCUGGGAUCAGGAACUGUUCUGCACCACCUCAACAGUCCAGAAUCUCCAACAAUGAGAAACUAGGGAGACAAAUGACAUGGCCAGACACUCGGCUCUCUCCUUCAAGUGUGCAGAACCUUUACAAUAAUCCCAGAAACUCUCAGCGUCACAGCAAAGAUGUUCAUCCCCUUCUGAAGCCCAGUAAGAAGAUGUUCCAGAUCACUGCAAAUGUGGAAGCUGCAGGUGAUCCAAGGGCAUCCAUGGGAAGCUACUCCCAGGCCUAUGGAACCAUCAGUAAAUCUGCACUGCAGAGUCUUCCGAUAGCAAAGGCCUCCAAAAACCCUGAGCAGUGACUGUGGAGAUGCUCCAGACAGGUUCUACUCUGCCUGUGAUGAAUGUUAUUCCCCCAGCUCUCUCAGCCUUUUGUACUGCUCCAAACCUGUCACCUCAUGAGCUGCAGUUACACUGUCAAGGAAGUCACUACUGAGCCAAGGCAGGAU